CUCCUCCACCACCACUCCCACCCACGACACGUUGCAGUGAGAGGGGAGGGUGAGAGGAAGAGAGAGGGUGUGUGAGUUCCCUUCUCGACUGGUUGUGUUCCGUGGUGGUUUGGCCCCGUGAGAGAGGCAGUAGUGUUCGCGGUGGUUAAGUAAGGUUGUCCCCAUCCCCCCGACCCUCUGACGUGCCCCCCUGUAGCCUCAGAGCGCUAGAAUUGCCUCCAACGUCGUGUGUGUGGCGGGUUUUUGCGGUAGUGUUGUUCGGCUUGCGUUCGUGUUAGCGGCGGUGCGUGGCGGUGCAGGAGGAUCCGGAGAAGGGUUCAAACGUUAGAGACUCGACUUCACCUCCUCGCCCCUGAUCGCGCCCCACCUCCGCGGCUCCGAGGUACUCAGAAUGCUGCACGAAGAAGAACCGGAGAGCAUGAGCAGGGAUCCCCCGCAGUGGCCUCCCCCAGGGGCUGAGAUCACCAAGGCCCAGGGGUUCAUGGGCAAAAUCUCCAUGGGCAAGGGACCCGGUGGCCGCCCCGUAGAGUGGCCGCCCCGCCCGAGCCUCCCCGGUGAACAGGGGGAAAAUGCGCAGAACAUGACCACCACCUACCCCUCGGGCUUCAAGUUUAAAGAAGGGAACAAUCCACAAGGCAUGAUUGUCACAUCCCAGCCCGCCUUCAAGAUCAGCCAGCCGGUCCGGCGACGAGGGGACGAUAAGUGGCCUCCUAGGGGUACCUCUGAAGAACCACUGAUGGAGGUUCGCGAGUUCGUCAAACCCAAGAAGGCCACCAAGGACUACUCCAAGUUCUUCGCACAGAACGCUCUCCCGCACAACUACUCCGGUUACCGCCCCCCCCCAGGCACUCAGCACUGGAAUUCUGACGAGCAAGAGGUUCAACAAGGAGAGGAGGAAGAGGAGGAGGAGGAGGAAGAAGAAGAUGAGGAGGAGGAGGAGGAGGAGGAGUAAAAUGCAUCCUAUAAAUAUAUUGCUACAAAUCAAUGCCCACGACAUCCACAUUCUACCCUGAUGUUUUGUUUUCAAUUCUAUCCUGAGUUAGACUUCAUUUGAUGAACAGACGGACGGAGGGGUGGAUGCAUAGCUGGAUGGAUGGAUAGAUGAGAAGAGAAUUAAGGCAAUCUUGCCCGACUUACUUUUUCAUCAUCACAAUCCUUAUCCCACCUCAGAAUGUGAUUGUUGUUAAAAAAAGUUUUUGGAACAAACAUCCCCUCAAUUCUCCUCACCUUGCCACCACCACCAUGUGUUCUUUCAGAAGAGGAGAAGAAGGAGACUAAUAACAUACAGAUGCUGAUAUAAUCUGUAGCCUUGUCAGCACUUAGCUAAUUAAUUCAUUCAGCUGACUUUUAUUCUAAUCAAUACUCUUCAGCAUAUCAAGAGUUCUACUUAAACAGAGGACCUAUUAAUUUCUUUAUAAUAUGCACUAUUUUCUUUAAAAGAAAACUAGCAUUAUUUUGUUUCCUUGUUCUUAGCUCACUUGCAAAGAAAUUAUGAAGGAUUACUAAAGUCCGUCCAGCUCGUGAGAUAAAUUUCGUAGAGUUCUUGACGCAAUCCCAGUACAGUUCAUCUUGUUGCAAGGAACAACGAAUAAUUUUGUUCAGAAGCCUGUAAGUUUCAGUCACUCCUCGCUCUCUUUUGUGUCAGUGGUUGCAACGCAGACUACCCAAAUGUAUCGACCGAUGUCACAUUACAAAGUCGCAGUACUGCCGAUAUUUUGGUUGCUAUAGCAUAUAUAAUGCCAGGAACUGUUAUGCAGACAGUGUUCAUAUUUAAAAUGAAUAUAUAUGUACACCAUUUUCUUCUCUUUUAUGUUUUGUUUCUUGUUGAAUCACUCAAAUCUUACACUUUGGCUUCUGAUUAUCAUUAAUUAUAAAACUUGUCUAACCCAUAUCUUUUUUGAUCAUUUUCUCUCUUAUUAAUUCUUUUAGUAAGCAAACUGGUCAUACUGGGUGAUGGUGACCACUUAGUUUCUCAUUUCCUUCUCUUUAUUGCCACUUCAUCUAGUGUUCUUAUUCCUCCUAUGUACACUUUAGAAGGUAUUUUCGAGUGGAAGGGUUUUGCUUCUAUCUGUAUUUUAUUUACUUGUCGCUAUCGAUGAUCAUUAUAAUCAUUAUUAUUUUUUUAGCUUAAUAACACAUGAUUCUGGAUCUUUCUUUUAAGCACAGAACACUACACUUGUAUAUCAAUAAUAAAAAACAACAACAAUA